CUGAUAAAAAACACAUUUUAAUAUAAUUGCAUUUAAAGAAAAUCAAGUCCUUAGUGUAAAAGUGAAUAGGACUAGCUUUAUUGAUAUAUACUAACCCAUCCAUCCUCUGCUUGCUAGCAAGUAGCAAUGGCAGCCUCUGCAAGCGCUCUCACCCCAUUAUCAUCUCUCUCAAUAUCCAACCGCCUCUACACCCGCCACCGCCACCACACAACCUCCGUCUUCUCACUUACACUCAAACCCUCCUCCGGCUUCACUCUCUUCACCCGCACAAACCCUCCCGGUCUCGCGCCCGUCAGGGCCGCCCCCUCCUCCGACAUCGACACCACAUUCUUCGAUACCGUCGAUCCGGAUGAAAUUACAUCCUUCGACCCUCCCCUCCCGCCCGAAGGGUUCGUUCCGCCGCCGUAUUACGACGAAGGGCCUGAGGAGUCGGAGGAGGAAAUUGGCAGGGCGUACGAGGAGAUCUACGGCCCGGCUUACAGCGGGGUGACCUAUCUGGGCAACGAUUUGGGUGUAAUGGACUCUAAGGGGAAGAAGACCUCCGGUUUCAGGAACAAGAGGGAGAAGAUCAGAGAUGGGUUUGAGGAGAAAGUGGUGCAGGUCCGGCGGGUGACUAAGGUGGUCAAGGGCGGGAGACAGCUCAAUUUCAGAGCAGUCGUGGUGGUCGGCGACAAGAGAGGGCAAGUGGGUGUGGGUGUUGGCAAGGCCAAAGAAGUGAGUGGAGCUGUGCAGAAAUCUGCUUUGAAUGCUAGGAGAAACAUUGUCACUGUUCCCUUGACUAAAUAUUCCACUUUCCCUCACAGAUCUGAAGCAAAGUAUGGAGCAGCAAAGGUGAUGCUCAGACCGGCGGCGCCGGGAACCGGUGUGAUCGCCGGUGGUGCGGUAAGGACUGUCUUAGAAAUGGCAGGGGUAGAGAAUGCCUUGGGGAAACAGCUUGGGAGCAACAACGCGCUGAACAACGCCAGGGCAACCGUGGAAGCCGUGCUGAUGAUGAGGCAAUUCAGUGAGGUUGCGCAGCAGCGCGGCAUUCCCAUGGAAGAGCUGUGGAAAUGAAGAUAGAUAUGUAUGUAUGUAUGCCAUCUUUUCCAUUGUUUUUUUAAAUUAACUUCUCCUGGCAAUCUCUGGUUCAGAGUGGAUGGCCUUUGAAAGGGUUGGUUCUCUAAUUCUCUUCCCCAAGUGGUGGUCUCAUUCAUCAAUGUGUAAAUUUUUGUGCUACCAAAAAUGUGAUUUUUCUUUUUCUUGCUUUGGGGUCUAAUGCUUUGAUGUGUUACUCCCAAUUUUAACAGCCUUCUAUUGUGCCAGUGUAAAACAUGGUGUGCAUGUGGUAUAAGUCUACAACUAUUGAAAUUUUACAUAAAUUUGAAAUUUAAUU